AUGGCCGUGGACGACGACUGCAAGAGCAAGUUCCUGGAGCUCAAGGCCAAGCGCACCUAUACCGCUUGGUCGUCUUCAAGAUCGAGGAGAAGCAGAAGCAGGUCGUCGUGGACAAGCUCGGCGAGCCCAACCACCCUCCCCGCCGACGAGUGCAGGUACUGCGUCUACGACUUCGACUUCAUCACCGAGGAGGGGUGCCAGAAGAGCAAGAUCUUCAUCGCAUGGUCUCCGGACACGGCAAAGAUCAGGAACAAGAUGCUGUAUGCAAGCCCCAAGGAGAGGUUCAAGAGGGAGCUUGAUGGCAUCCAGGUGGAGUUGCAGGCAACGGAUCCUACUGAGAUGGGGCAUUGA